AUGAAAUACGCUCUAGAUAUUGUCACCGAGUGUGGACUAACAGGAUCUCGGUCGUAUGAUACUCAUAUCGAGCAGAAUCAUACUCUGGCACAUGAUGAAGGAGAGUUCUUCAACAAUCCUUCUCACUAUCGUUGUUUGGUAGGCCGUCUGGUGUAUUUGUCCAUUACUCGGCCCGACUUGAGCUAUGCCGUCCAUUUGUUAGCUCAGUUUCUAAUUAAACCAUGGAAGAAACAUUGGGACGCCGUGCUUCGUGUUGUUCGGUAUCUCAAAGGGACUCUUGGUCAAGGAAUAUUUCUUAAUUCUAACCCGAAACUUCACGUCAAGGCUUAUUGCGACUCUGAUUGGUCUGCCUGCCCCAUUACGCGUCGUUCUUUAACUGGUUAUGUUGUUCUCUUGGAAGACUCGCUUGUAGCUUGGAAAACUAAGAAGCAAGAGACUGUGUCUCGCUCUUCUACCGAGGCUGAAUAUUGUGCUAUGCAUUUACAUACUCGGAGAUACAGUAGCUUCUUCAGCUUCUUCCAGUGUUCGAUAUCAAACAUCCAGAACCUGACUCCUUCUUUUGUGAUAAUAAGUCUGCACUCAACAUUCUUCGGAAUCCAGUUUUUCAUGAGAGAACAAAGCAUAUAA